UUCAUGGAUUGCAAUGCCACUUGGCCAUAACUGAAAGUACUGUAGGGUAAGUCUUAUUAUAUCCAAAAGCUUCUUAGGUUAGAGAGAGAAAGAGAAAAUGGGUAAGGGGGGAAUGUCAAUUGAUGAUCAUGGAGAAGGCAAAGAAGAGAAUAUGGCUGCUUGGCUUGUAGAUAUUAACACUCUUAAGAUCCAACCUUUCAAGCUUCCUACUCUCGGACCCCAUGAUGUCAGAAUCAGAAUGAAGGCUGUUGGUAUCUGUGGGAGUGAUGUUCACUACCUCAAGACACUGAGGUGUGCACACUUUAUAGUUAAAGAACCAAUGGUUAUUGGUCAUGAGUGUGCUGGGAUCAUAGAAGAAGUUGGUAGUCAGGUAAAGAGCUUGGUACCUGGUGACCGUGUGGCGAUUGAGCCUGGGAUUAGUUGUUGGCGAUGCGACCACUGCAAACAGGGUCGUUAUAACUUAUGCCCUGAGAUGAAGUUUUUUGCUACUCCACCAGUUCAUGGUUCCCUGGCUAAUCAGAUAGUGCAUCCAGCAGACCUAUGUUUUAAGCUGCCAGACAAUGUGAGCCUGGAGGAGGGGGCAAUGUGUGAGCCCCUAAGUGUUGGUGUUCAUGCUUGUAGGAGAGCUAAUAUUGGACCAGAAACAAAUGUGUUGAUCAUGGGAGCAGGACCCAUAGGACUUGUUACAAUGCUCUCAGCUCGCGCUUUUGGGGCCCCCAGGACAGUCAUCGUGGAUGUGGAUGACCAUCGUUUAUCUGUUGCAAAAUCUCUUGGUGCAGAUGAUAUUGUUAAAGUUUCAACAAACAUUCAGGAUGUGGAUGAAGAAGUUGUGCAGAUACAUAAGGCUAUGGGGGCUGGUAUAGAUGUUACCUUUGAUUGUGCUGGUUUUGACAAAACCAUGUCUACAGCACUGAGUGCUACUAAGCCAGGUGGCAAAGUUUGCCUAGUUGGAAUGGGUCAUUCUGAAAUGACUGUCCCACUCACCCCAGCUGCAGCAAGGGAAGUGGAUGUGGUUGGAGUUUUUCGCUAUAUGAACACAUGGCCUCUUUGCCUUGAGUUUCUAAGGAGCGGCAAAAUCGAUGUGAAACCCCUUAUAACUCACAGGUUUGGGUUUUCUCAGAGGGAAGUGGAAGAAGCCUUUGAAACAAGUGCUCGUGGUGGUAAUGCCAUCAAGGUCAUGUUCAAUCUUUAGAUAAUGGACUGCUACUUUACAAUCUGUCUUAUUAUAUGUUCAUGCUCAUGUUAAGUACUAGUGUAUUGAUCACUUCGGUUAUGAAUAAAGUGGAUUCAAGAAGAACUUGUAGAAAAUGUGAAUGGCUACUGCAGCAUCUACAGAUUCAGUUAUCAUGUGGUGAAACCUUUGAUUUUCUUAGUAUGUAAAUGAGUAUUAAACCUUCAAAUUU